CUGGGAGCGGCCGGCAAGAAACUCCCGUGGAUCCGCCGGGAGCUGCUGGACCCCCACGUCCCUCUCCCGUUCCAAGCCAGCCUGAGGGAGAGGUUUCCCCGAGGGAAGGUACCGAACGGAUCUGGUGCAGGAAGCGACUCAGGUUAACCACGUUCUUCGCAGCUUUCAACCAAAAGUAAGAAGAGACAUUAGGAUUUUCAUUCUUUCUGGGUUGCUUCCUUCCUGAAGAACAAUGGGGAUGCUGUUAAGUGGAAGAGGAUUAAUCACAUCUCUAAUUUUCUUCCUGUUAAAAUUCUCAACAGCUGUUGAUAUACCACUUUCAGUUCAACAGGUUCCAACAAUCAUAAAACAGUCAAAAGUACAAGUUGCCUUUCCUUUUGAUGAGUAUUUUCAAAUUGAAUGUGAAGCUAAGGGAAAUCCAGAACCAACAUUUUCGUGGAGUAAGGACGACAAGCCUUUUGAUCUCUCUGACCCUCGGAUAAUUGUAUCCAACAACUCGGGAACAUUCAGGAUCCCGAAUGAGGGGCACAUAUCUCACUUUCAAGGGAAAUACCGCUGCUUUGCUUCUAAUAAACUGGGAAUUGCUAUGUCAGAAGAAAUGGAAUUUAUAGUUCCAAAUGUUCCAAAAUUCCCAAAAGAAAAAAUUGACCCUCUUGAAGUGGAGGAGGGCGAUCCAAUUGUCCUCCCGUGCAACCCUCCCAAAGGCCUCCCACCUUUACACAUUUAUUGGAUGAAUAUUGAAUUAGAACACAUUGAACAAGAUGAAAGAGUAUACAUGAGCCAAAAGGGAGAUCUGUACUUCGCAAAUGUGGAAGAAAAAGACAGUCGGAAUGAUUACUGUUGCUUUGCUGCAUUUCCAAGAUUAAGGACUAUUGUGCAGAAAAUGCCUAUGAAACUAACAGUUAACAGUUUAAAGCAUGCUAAUGACUCGAGUUCAUCCACAGAAAUUGGUUCCAAGGCGAAUUCAAUCAAGCAAAGGAAACCCAGACUACUGUUGCCUUCUCCCGAGAACGGCAGUGAGUCUUCGGUUACCAUCCUCAAAGGGGACACCCUGCUGCUCGAGUGUUUUGCUGAAGGCCUACCAACUCCACAGGUUGAUUGGAGCAAAAUGGGAGGUGAUUUACCAAAGGAAAGAGAAACAAAAGAAAAUUAUGGCAAAACUUUGAAGAUAGAGAAUGUCUCCUACCGGGACAAAGGAAACUAUCGCUGCACAGCCAGCAAUUUCUUGGGAUCAGCCAUUCAUGAUUUUCAUGUUAUAGUAGAAGAGCCCCCUCGCUGGACAAAGAAACCUCAGAGUGGCGUGUAUAGCACUGGGAGCAGUGGUAUCCUGUUGUGUGAGUCUGAAGGAGAACCUGAGCCCACAAUCAAGUGGAGAGUCAAUGGUUUCCCAAUUGAGAGAAAUCCAUUUUCUGGUGAUGUCAUCUCCCCCACGGAAAUCAGUUUUACCAAUGUGCAACCGAAUCACACUGCUGUGUACCAGUGUGAAGCCUCGAAUGUCCAUGGCACUAUCCUUGCCAAUGCCAACAUCGAUGUUGUAGAUGUCCGUCCAUUGAUACAAACUGCAGAUGAAGAAAAUUAUGCUACAGUGGUUGGGUACAGUGCUUUCUUACAUUGUGAGUUCUUCGCUUCACCUGAGGCAAUUGUGUCCUGGCAGAAGGUGGAAGAAGCAAAACCCCUUGAAGGCAGACGGUAUCACUUCCAUGAGAAUGGCACAUUACAGAUCAACGAGACCACAGAAGAAGAUGCUGGUUCCUACUCUUGUUGGGUAGAAAAUGCUAAAGGAAAAACAGCAGUCACAGCCAAUUUGGAUAUUAGAAAUGCUACAAAACUUAGAGUUUCUCCUAAGAAUCCUCGUGUCCCCAGAUCACACACACUUGAAUUGCAUUGUGAGAGCAAAUGUGACUCACAUUUGAAAUACAGUUUAAAAUUAUCCUGGAGUAAAGAUGGUGAAGCCUUUGAAAUUAAUGGCACAGAGGAUGGCAGGAUAAUUAUUGAUGGAGCUAAUUUGACUAUAUCUAAUGUCACCGUAGAAGACCAAGGUGUAUACUCGUGUUCAGCUCACACUGCUCUAGAUAGCACUGCUGCUAUGACUCAAGUAACUGUCCUUGAUGUUCCGGAUCCACCAGAAAACCUUCACUUGUCUGAAAGACAGAACAGAAGUGUUCGGCUGACAUGGGAGGCUGGAGAUGAUCACAACAGCAAUAUUAGCGAGUAUAUUAUAGAAUUUGAAGGAAACAGAGAGGAACCUGGAAGGUGGGAAGAAUUGACUAGAGUCCAAGGAGAGGAAACAACAGUCAUGUUAUCUUUGGCUCCGUAUGUGAGAUACCAGUUCAGGGUCAUAGCCGUGAAUGAAGUAGGGAGAAGCCAGCCUAGCCAGCCAUCAGACCAUCAUGAAACACCCCCAGCAGCUCCAGACAAGAAUCCACAAAACAUAAGGGUUCAAGCUUCUCAACCCAAGGAAAUGAUUAUCAAAUGGGAGCCUUUGAAACCCAUGGAGCAGAAUGGACCUGGACUGGAGUACAGAGUGACCUGGAAACCACAGGGAGCCCCGGUGGAGUGGGAGGAAGAAACAGUCACAAACCACACCCUGCGGGUGAUGACAUCUGCUGUCUAUGCUCCGUAUGAUGUCCAAGUCCAAGCCGUCAAUCACCUGGGCUCUGGCCCUGAGCCUCAGUCAGUGAUUCUCUAUUCUGGAGAAGACUAUCCUGAUACAGCUCCGGUGAUCCAUGGGGUGGAUGUGAUAAACAGCACAUUAGUUAAAGUUACCUGGUCAACAAUUCCAAAGGAAAGAGUACAUGGACAUCUGAAGGGAUAUCAGGUAAAUUGGUGGAAAACAAAAAGUCUGUUGGAUGGAAGAACAUAUCCCAAAGAAGUAAACAUUCUGAGAUUUUCAGGACAGAGAAACUAUGGAAUGGUUCCUUCCCUAGAUGCCUUUAGUGAAUUUCACUUAACAGUCUUAGCCUAUAAUUCCAAAGGAGCUGGGCCAGAGAGUGAGCCUUACAUAUUUCAAACACCAGAAGGAGUACCUGAAAAGCCAACUUUUCUCAAGGUCAUCAAAGUUGAUAAAGACACUGCCACUUUAUCCUGGGGACUACCUAAGAAAUUAAACGGAAACUUAACUGGCUAUCUAUUACAGUACCAGAUAAUAAAUGACACCUAUGAGAUUGGAGAACUAAAUGAUAUCAACAUUACAACUCCAUCAAAGCCCAGCUGGCGUCUCUCAAACCUCAGUGCAACUACCAAGUACAAAUUCUACUUGAGGGCUUGCACUUCAAAGGGCUGUGGAAAACCCAUCACUGAGGAAAGCUCCACGUUAGGAGAAGGGAGUAAAAGUGUCGGGAAGAUAUCAGAAGGAGUAAAUCUUACUCAAAAGAUUCACCCAGUAGAGGCAUUUGAGCCGGGAGCUGAACAUAUAGUUCGCCUAUUGACUAAGAAUUGGGUUGAUAACAAUAGCAUUUUUGAAGAUGUAAUUGAGACAAGAGGGAGAGAAUAUGCUGGUUUAUAUGACGACAUCUCCACGCAAGGCUGGUUUAUUGGAUUGAUGUGUGCGAUUGCUCUUCUCACGCUAAUAUUGUUGACUGUUUGCUUUGUGAAGAGGAACAAAGGUGGAAAGUACUCAGUAAAAGAAAAGGAAGAUCUGCAUCCAGACCCAGAAGUUCAGUCAGUGAAAGACGAAACCUUUGGUGAAUACAGUGACAGCGAUGAAAAACCUCUCAAAGGAAGCCUUCGGUCCCUUAACAGGGAUAUGCAGGCCACAGAAAGUGCCGACAGCUUAGUCGAGUAUGGAGAAGGUGACCACGGUCUGUUCAGUGAGGAUGGGUCAUUUAUUGGCGCCUAUGCUGGAUCUAAGGAGAAAGGAUCGGCGGAAAGCAAUGGAAGUUCUACAGCAACAUUUCCACUCCGAGCGUAAACGCAGAGCAUAGAAACACAUCGGGCGGUUCACACCAACCCUCCAAAUUUAUCUGUUCAAGGGAGCAAGAACUUUUCCUAUAGGAAUAGAAACAUUGUGGCAAAAGACUUCAUCCAGAAUUUGAACUUCCUGCAGUCGUGCUGAGAACAAUAGCACUGCCUUGAAAAAGUAAAAUAUCUAGCACUA